UUUAAAUUUAGAUUAGAAUUUAUCUAAAGAUUUGUACAGUUAUUUCCUGAGACUCAGGGUUCCUUUGCAAUGACGCUUUGACGAAGCUAAGCAGCUCUAUGCAAAAAAUGAAACUCAAAACUUUUCUUACGUUAACUAAAUUGUUUUAUCAGCCUGCCCAUUGUGGAGUGAGACCACAGAUAGACUGGUUCUUUAACAAUUUUAGGCAUGAGUGUCAGAAUUUAAAUUUUACAAAAUAAUGACAUCAGGACAUCUGCUUAUCGCUGUUGCAUUCAACUGCUGCUAUGCAUACCCAUUCUAAUGUGAAAUAGGUAGGUAUGUUAAAUGCUCACAGGAUGAUGGUUGUUGGCAGUAGGUAAUAAAGAUAUUGCAUUUAUCAAUACUAGAAGCUUCAAGUUACUUGUUUUCAUUUAGUUUCUCCUCAUUCGAUAGUGGCAGUACAAAUUCAAUUCGUAUUCAAUUUAAUUUUACAAAUAAUUACGCUUCUUUAUCAAUCAAUAUAAGAUAGUUGGAACACUCCGUUCUACCUGCGAGCCCAGCCAAUUCUAUGCAUGCAUUGUGGCUUCAUUUUCUGUCGUAAUCUUAUUCUGUGAGGUUAUUUUUACACUUAUUACUCUUCUGUCAUAUAGUUAUUGUGCGCUAUAUCAGCUAAUCUUGAAAUUCUGACGGGACUGUUGAUGUGGAUUUAUCAGGGACAAGGAAUUCGCCACUGUGUUGGAUGACUAUAAGGUUGAAUGCAUCACUUUUUAUGUAUGUUAACUAAUGAGAAUUUUGUAAUGUUUAAGGUAAAGUGGAUGAAAUUCACACGUAAAUUGUCCUCCAGACAAAUAGUGGUUCCUUUUGAUAAUUUGGAUUACGAUAUCUCCCCUUCAUUAUAUUUUUUCACGUUGUUCCUAGCCUAAAAUCUUUAAUAUGUGUGUUGCCAAAGAAUGCAAACAUUAUUCGUACUCCUACCAGAGUGACAUUACAAUUGUUGACACUUUUUGUGUGACAUUGGGGGCAUAGGUCCGAGUGAGUGCUGUCCAAGCUGUGUUUGUUUUAGGAGUAUAGUGAUUGAAGAUGACCACAGCAGAGUCUGCUCAGGUGCACCCUGUCUGCACGGUUUAACUGCUAUUCUGUAUGGCUGAUGUCUGGCGGUACCGGUAUGUCGUCUAUGAUAUUGUUGAUUGGUGGAUUCGAGAGUGCGUUCCGGGUUAGAUGUGUGUGUAUAUUUUUGAUGAAGUUGGCUGGGCCUGUAGCGGGGUUAACGCGUCAAGUAUUGUGAGGUAGUGGUUGUAUGGAGUUUAAGCUAUUUUUCUGGGGGUUGGGGGUAGAUGCUGAAAUUGAUGGCAAGGACUGAGAGGGUUGUGGAAUGCUGAAGGAAUUGGGUGCCUCUCAUGUCUAAGUGUUCUUUCAGAAGGACAAGUUUUGUUUCUGCGUGGACGUGGCUGGGCGAUGUGGUUUGAGUGCUGCCAAGUGCGAUUCUGAGUGCUGUGUUUUGUAUGGUUUGUAGGUGUCUGUGAAGUGGUGGUGAAAUUAUGAGUGCCCUGGCUGGACUUGCAUAGUCCAGUACUGAGCGUAUGUAUUGUUUGUACACUAGUGUGAGGGUUUCUUUGUUCUGUUCGAAUGUUGUUGCUGUGAGGGCUGUAAGUGUGUUUGGCCGAGGUCUGCAUUUUUUUAUGUUCUGUAUUUGUGGCCCGAAAGACAUGGAACUGUUGUAAUUCACACCUCGGAUGUUGUUGUUAUUGUGGUUCCCUGGUCUCAUUUUUACAAGAGACCCCCACACCUCGGAUGUUGGUUUCAUGUGUGUGUGGUAUGAUGGUGUUGUUUAGUGUGACUCUGGGUCUGUGUUGAUGCUCCUUUGUGUGGCUUGUUAGUAGUGUGCUUGUUGAUUUGGUGGGGGCUACUUUGAGUCUGUUGCGUGCUAGCCAGCCCUCUAGUUGUGUGAUAUAAGGUUGUACUUGGGUAGAGCAUGUGUUAGCAUUGGUGUGUGUUGAUGUAAUUGUGAUGUCGUCUGCGUAGGAUGAAAUGUGAAUGUUGUCUGGUGGGGCAGGAAUGUCGUGCAUGUAAAGGUUGAAAAGUGUUGGUGAGAGGACUGACCCUUGGGGUACUCCGUUUGGUAUGUUCUUUGUGUGUGAUGACUUGCCAUUAUAGUGUACGAUUGACUGCCUGUUAAGUAGUUGGCAAGCCAGCGUUUGGUGUUAUGUAGUAUUGUAUUGUAGAUUUUGUCUGUGAGUGGGAAGCGUGGGAUGGCAUCAAAUGCUUUGCUAAUGUUGAUUGUAAUCAGGAGUGUAAGGUGCGCAGGGCGCUUGGAAUUAAUGUCAUCUUGUAUACGUUGUGAGGUUGGUGAGGAGUGUGGUGGUUGAGUGAUGAGUUAUGUAACCGUGUUGUGUGGGUGAGAGGUGAAUGUGAGGCAUGGUUAUGGAGAGUUUGAGGCGCUAUACAACUUUGGAUGGUGUGCAGAGCAGUGUAAUUUUCGGUUUCAGGAGGGUUAAGAUUUUGCCAGUUGUCCAGAUUGAUGAUAUGAUGUAGUGGGCGUAAGAAAAGUUAGCUAUAUUUGCGAGAGUGUUGAUACCAUGCAGGUCGAGGUGCUUAAGAUGAAUGUUGGAUAUGUUAUCUGGCCUUACGACUGAAGAAUUUUUGAGCUGUCUUACGACGCGUGAGGUGUCAGAUGUUGUGGCUAGGAUAUAAUUAUUUUCUAGUGGAAAUUUGUGCUUGCGCCUGCGUAUUUGUCUGUCUACCAUGUGCUUUGGUAGGUGUCUGAUGCUGACAUAAUAAUUUAUCAAUAGGUAUGUUGGACGUGAAGGGAUGGUAUCUGAGAUGGUAAUAGCUGAGUGGGAUGGUGUGAGGCCACUGUUGGCAUUAGUGAGGCUGCGGAUUGUUCUAUAUAGUUUUGAGAAGUCGGUGCUGUGGUUUGUUUAAAUAUUUAACCGCUCUGUAAUUUAACCGUGUUCACUGGAGUCGCUCGUCGUGCUGUAGCUCUAUUGUGCUCAUAAAUAUUUCUUGUUGAUUAAGUUUCCGUUCAUGUCGCGGUUGUGUUUUUGACGCUGCUAUUUGCUUUUUACUAGAUUUUUUACAAGUCCCGGAUGUGGAUCAUAUCGCAUCGAGUCAAUAUUUAGAACUCUUGGACUAUCUUGUGUUCUUAAUAUCCAAAUAUGUAUUUACUCUCUGAUCAGCUCCUUCGUAAUUUUUUUACUAAACCUUCCUGAAGGUUUGGCUUUCCUUUAUUUAUGAAUUUGGAAGCCAUUUUGGUGGGUUUAGUUGUGUGAAACUAAACAGGUUAAAUGCAAACGCCACUGUGAGUCGCUCGCGCUUGUCCUAUUUCAUAUGUUUAUUGCAAAUCAUUGAUAGUUAAAUCUCUCAGAUUUAUUAGUUGGCUGUUUUUUCGAUAUUUACAGGAACUGAAAUUUAACCCCGACAUGUUAGCCCAUUUGAGACCAAAUAUUUAAUUCGAAUGUCAUUUUGAAAGUUAUCGUUUUCCGUAUAAAUGAUUAUUGUAUCAUCAGACUGAGUUUAUUCCCUUGCAGAUAGAUUUUUUUAAUAGGCUAUUUAUGUGCUAAGCAGUAGCGGUCUUAAGAUUUAUCCGUGCUAUGCUAGACCCAACCAAAGAGCCGGAGUUCUUCGUGGAGAACGCCAGCGAGCACUACCGCCCCCAGAACUACCGUGCAGACUGGGAAGAACAUCCCGCUCUUAGGGAGUGGAUCGCUCCAGGGAAGAACCCGAAGCGCGCGCGAUGUACCUACUGCGACAUCGAGAUGACGGCCGACAUGGGCGUCUUGAAGAGCCAUGGCAAAGGAGUGCGCCACAAACGCAGGCUUAUGGGCGAGGUUCUGAGCUGCAGUUCGCGUUAUAACAAAAACUGGGAGAAUGACCCCGACUACAGGGACUGGAUAAGACCUGGUCGUGUCGUGAGUCGCGCCGAGUGCGCGUAUUGCGAUGUCGAGUUCGUGGCGGAGUCCACGGUCAUCAGGAACCAUGCCAAGUCCAAGCGCCAUCAUCGAGGAGCGCGUCAGGCCCAGAAGCUGAAGGAGAUCGCGAAAGUUUGGAUGGUGGAGAAACGCGCGUUGGAUCGCCAGUCCUCAAGCGGUGAAUUAGAAAGGAAAUUCAUCCAGACAACUGCAGCCGGUAAUUCUCCAGAGCCCUCAAGGUUGCAAGAUGGAAACAGACCUUCAGACGCGGACAGCGACGGCUCCCCAACUGAUGAAACACUUACCAGCGAUGCCAGAAACAGACGUGCUGUGCGAACUGUUUCCUUUAACAAACAUUUCGAUACGGAGGACUGUGUAACUCUUAUGUACAACGAGCCCGAUCCUCUUGCAGACAUCAAAACUGAACCCGUUAUUUUGAGUGUUCAGGCACUGGACGAUGAGGAGAAGAAUAGCCAAAGUCUGUCUUUAGGUCACGGAAGGAAUGGAGAUACAACAACAGCUGGUUACGAUGGCUCUGCUCGUCAAACUGAAGAAAUAAACUCGCUGAAAGAUUUAGUCCAGCUGGAAAGUCCUUGCGUUCAUUGUCAGAGUUUUCUGUUCGAAGAUGGAAACGGUCGCCGGCUGUGUGUCUCGUGCGAAGUCUUCUACUCUGAUCGCGACUCGAGUGACGCUGCCGGGUCGUGGCUGAGAUGUGGUGCCUCUGGGACAGCCCCCGACUCCGUUCCACCCAACACCCGCAUCCCACCCCUGCCUGGCUGCCAGACUUGUGUGGUGCACGGCUUCGACCUGAGUCCCGAGCUGCAGCGGCUGGUGGUGGCGCUGAGGACGCAAGUCUCCCGCCUGCUGCUCGACGUGACGCUCGGCGCCGACGAAGAGACCGCGCUACUGCGACUCGACAAAGUCCUCGCACUUCUUAUCAAGAUAAAAAAUUUAUGAAAUCUCAUCUUGGAUCUAAUUGAAGAAAAAUUGUUUUACGGAUUUAUAUCUCGUUAUACAGCAGUCAAAUAUACUUUCGUGUUGGCACUCAAAUUUAAAAUAUUUGCGAGGAUGGCAACUGAAGGCAAGUCAUGUGUGGGGGUUAGGUGGUUGAUUAGGCAGGCCAGUAGUAGGGGUUAGGUUGUUGAGUAGGCAGGCCAGUAGUAGGGGUUAGGUUGUUGAGUAGGCACGCCAGUAGUAGGGGUUAGGUUGUUGAGUAGGCAGGCCAGUAGUAGGGGUUAGGUUGUUGAUUAGGCAGGCCGGUAGUAGGGGUUAGGUUGUUGAUUAGGCAGGCCAGUAGUAGGGGUUAGGUUGUUGAGUAGGCAGGCCGGUAGUAGGGGUUAGGUUGUUGAGUAGGCAGGCCGGUAGUAGGGGUUAGGUUGUUAUACAGGCAGGGCAGUUAUAUUGUUUUGUAGGCAAGUCAUUUGUGGGGAUAAUGUCGUUUAAAAAGACCAGGUUGUGUUGGUUAGGUUGUUAGUUAGCCGGAUCAUCUGUACUUUCUUCUCCCCCUCUCUUGCUGGCGUCUCGUACAGUUUGUGACUUGUACGGGUGCCUUAGUUUCUGUUCCGUUCAUCUCUGCUUCGUUCUUCGUCAAUGCCAACCCCUACCUUACCGGCGUCAGCAAUAUUGGAUUAGCGGAAAUUUUUAAUCAAUGCCUUCUAUCUAGCCGGCGAUUGUUUUAUUACGCGGUGUGAAUGCUUCAUCUGAAGCGCUGUUAGAAAGAGCUUAUUGUCUACUGUGAUGGCGAUCCUUGAUGUGGGACUGUCCCAAAUGACCUACGAUUAUGUCUAGUCACCGGCUUACGAGAAAAAACUAAUGGAUUUCUCCAAAUGCAAGUUGUCAAGAAAAAUAGUUGAACGUUUUGGCAGAAUUGGAUCAUGUUCAGCUCUAGAGUUCUUACUAAGACAUUUUUAUGUCUUCGGUUUUGACGAGUUAUUUUUUAAAUUAUUUUAAAAAAAUUUCAUUU